AUGGCAUAUAGGAAGGUGUGUGAUGCCCAGGGUGGUCCGCUGGUCGGUGAGGUUCUGCACUGCUCUGGAGGUCUAGACCUUGACUGGGAUCUGGACAAGGAAGAGCUGCAGGAACCGGGGCCAAGCAUGGACCGCAUGCAGAUGCAACAUAUAGACUGCCAGAGAUCAGGGUGUUCAGACCCUGGUCCUGACCCUGACCCUGAACUGAUGGAACCCAUCCAGCCCUCUGUAUCAGUUUCACCACAUGGACGAUUUGAACGACUUCAAGAAGAUCCCAACUACAUCUCCCAUUUCACCAGGGCUCCUGGACAUAAAGGGCAAAGACGACUGCACUGUUUCCUAGUCAAAUACUUCCUGGCAGGGGUGGCUCUUUUUGUCCUUGGUGCCCUGAUUGGUUGGUUUACUCACACAUCUACUAUCAAAACACCUGUUCUGCCACCCGAUAGCUCCGACCUGCUGGAGGAGUUGUUAAAAGGAAUUACUGCUGACAAGAUAGAUGCCCUUCAAAGGUCUUUUUCAAGCUUGUCAGAUGACAGUGAAGAGUCAAGAGCCAGGUACCUUUACAGGCAGUGGGUGGGACUUGGUUUAACUGAUGUCCACCUAUCCAAUCACACUGUUCUGCUCAGUCUGCCUGGUUCCACACCCAACACCAUCACUGACAGAUCUAGCCACCAGUGUUUCAUGCCAAAUGGGACCCCUUGUGACCAGCGUGGACCAAAUGAUCUGCCAAAGCAGCAGUUCUCCUAUGCUGCAUACUCUGCCAUGGGAAGCGUGCAGGGUGAGGUGGUGGACAUCCAGUAUGGCAGUGUCGAUGACCUAAGAAGAGCCAAAGAGACCCUGAACCUCACCAACCAGAUUGCUGUUGUCAAACUUGGCAAAAUACCUUUACUAUACAAGCUAUCCCUACUGUCUGAGUUGGGUUUUGGAGGUGUUCUUCUUUACAUUGACCCCUGUGAUGGUCCCCCCAGUCGCCACACUUGGCGUCAAGCCUUUAGAGUCACUUUAAACCCUGGAGGAAAUCCUGCAAUUGUUGGGUUGUCAAAGGAAGCAGGAGGAAGUCUGACAUCUUUGUUGGUUCAGCCCAUCUCUGCCCUCCUCGCCAAGACAUUGCUGUCAUCGCCAUCCACGGGCCAGGAAGGCUCUUGUAUUCCUCUAGCAAUGCCUCCCAAUACAGAGCGCAAGAAGAUAACCCUGACAAUUGGAAACCAGUUUUCGUACAAGAAAAUUUACAACGUUGUGGGAUAUCUGAAGGGAAAGAGGAACCCAGAUCGCUAUGUGCUGGUUGGUAGCCGUCAUGACAGCGACCAUGGAGGCGGGACUUCAGCUAUUAUGAAUCAACUGAUUGCAGCACUGACAGAGCAAACCAAACGCGGAUGGGUACCAGACCGUACCACUGUGUUUUGCUCAUGGGGAGGCUCGGCCCUGGGAAACAUUGGAUCUUAUGAGUGGGGAAAGGAUAACAGUGUUGUUCUGCAGAGCAGUGCAGUGGCCUAUGUCAGCCUGAACUCUCCAGUUAGAGGGACGGAAGCUCUCAGAGCUACAGCCUCACCAACUCUUCUGCAGCUCACCUCAGAUAUACAGAGGAGGCAGUUGCUGAGUUGUAUUCGUGGCGGAAACUGCCCUGGUCCCAACGUCAGCUCACUGCAGUUGCCUGGAGAUGUGGGUUUCUUUGCCAACCAAUUGGCUGUGCCCACCAUGGAGUUUGCCUUUGAACAGACUAGAGCAGAAGAGACCACCAGUUUUCUGUCAGAGGCCCAGUUUUCUUCAGAGACACCAGAAACCCUGGACCCACUUUUCAAGUUCCAUGAGACCAUUGCUAAGAUGACUGCAGAAGCAAUUCUCCGACUGGUCAAUGAUCCCGUGCUGCCAUUUUACCCUCUAGACAUCGCCCUGGAUGUUCAAAACAAGCUCAAAGACAAGAGUGCACUAUCGCUGCCCCUGCUUUCCUCAGCCUCCGCUCUCAGAGACCAUGCAGCUUUCUUCCAGUCAGAAACUAUGCGGCCGGCAAAUGACCCAAAAGAGCGUGACCCCUCCCACGUGCGGAUGCUGAAUGAUGUACUCCGUGACCUGGAGAAGAGCUUCAUCAUCCCACAGACACCGCCUGGAGUGUACAGGAAUCUGUUAUACAGCCUUCCAGGAAAGACUCCUCAGUUUUCCAUCUUGAAGUUCCCUCAGGAAGCUGUCCUGCCUUGCAACAUCCCCAGCAAAGCAAUCAAACACAACUCCGCAAACAAAGAAGUACUUUUCCACAGCGCCACAAACCAGUCUCUGUCUCUCAUCCUCAGGGCCAUCCAGUCAGCUGAGAGGCUUGUGUGUUUUGGUUUGGACUUGUUUGAAAAUUAUUCAAGUGAAUGA